GCGCGCGGCGGCGCUUCCGGCCAUUCAUUGCUGUUGAAGGCGGGUGCUUCCUGGCGCCAGAGGCGGCGCGGCCUGCUCGGAGGAGGCCUCUGCACCGCCCGCGCCUCGGGGCCUUCCCGCCGAGGGGCUCUCCUCUCCUCUCCCCGCGGCGCGGCCGCCGCUCCCUACCGAAGGCCGCCGGGCCGCAGCGCCGGCCUCCCGCCGCCAUGAAGCUCGUCAGGUUUCUAAUGAAGCUGAGCCAUGAGACUGUGACUAUUGAACUGAAGAAUGGGACGCAGGUGCACGGAACUAUCACAGGAGUGGAUGUCAGUAUGAAUACGCAUCUCAAAGCAGUGAAAAUGACACUCAAGAACAGAGAACCCGUACAGCUGGAGACACUGAGUAUUCGAGGGAAUAACAUCCGAUACUUCAUUCUACCGGACAGUUUGCCUCUGGAUACUUUGCUAGUGGAUGUUGAACCAAAAGUCAAAUCCAAGAAAAGAGAAGCAGUUGCCGGAAGAGGCCGUGGCAGAGGCCGUGGCAGAGGCCGAGGUCGUGGAAGAGGAAGAGGGGGCCCAAGACGGUAACUUCUCAUCAUGCAACUGCUUCCAAAUUCUGGGCAAUUUCGGAUAUUUUUUUGUACAGGUCUUGUUUAUGGUAUCCAUUUUUAAUAAACUGAAAUGUGAAAAAGUUGUCUUUCCUUUGUUGGCGCAGUCUGGGGAGGGAGGCACGUCCUAUCUCUAGAGGCUGUUGCAGACUAAACCUGUCUUGGUGUUGGUUGUUGUUGUCAAGGUUUUGCCCACCCCUGAAGGCCGUACAAUUAAUUACCUCUUGCUUUUUGCCCCAGAGUGAGACUUGUGUUGGUGUGCUUUAACUAUGUUUGUUUGAAACGAAUUCCUCUUGUAUAAGGGACUUGCCCUCUUCUAAUGGUUACGUAGUUAAGAUGCUAUAUUAAGAACCCACAUCCCAUGAGCGUGUCUCUAAUGUUGUUCUGCAGAGUGACGUCUUUAAAGUUCAUAGAUAGAAUUUUGCUGUUUUCUAUUACAUGAAGCUUACAAUUUAAACAUGUUGCUUGCUUUAUACAAGUUCACCUAGGGAAAUUAACCAGUUCUGUGGAACUGCUGGAUUGUUACAUAUGAUUAAAGUAUACCUGGCUA